GCAGUCAGUGUGAGGCAGACAGCUGUGUGACUGGAGUCUGACUGGCUACCAUGAGCUGUGCCCCGAGUGUCAGUCACAUGAGGCAGGCUGCACUCAUCUAUAUGGACAGGAGCAGAGGUCUACAGAAGUUUAUAGAGGACUGCAAGAGAUAUAAUGAAUCCACUCAUAGUUAUGCUGUCUAUCGGUUUGUAAUCUCUAUCAACCCCACGGAUAUCACAGAGCUAAACGCCACACUUGGAAAUUAUGUACUUCAUGAACCAGUGAGAGCUACUCAGAUCUUCCAGUCGGUUUGUGAUGCUGCAAUUAGAACCCUUUCUCUUAUUGGACAGUACCAGACUGAGGCUCAGAUAAACGUGGUCCUGAAACUAACCCACUUGCCUAACCUACCUGGUUAUCGCUUAAGCCUCAGUGAAUUCCCCUUGGACUACAGGUCUCAGAGACUUUACAUGUUAGAAGGAACAGUCACUGCAAUGUCUACAGUGACCAAAUACACUCAAGGAGCAAGAUUUGUGUGCUCAGACACAAAGUGUCCCUUUUCUGAAGAUUUCCGAUAUAUCCGAGUCCACAUACCUGGGGCUACAGAGUCAGCAACUGUGAGACAACACUUUGUGUGUGACUUCUGCGCUACACCCCUAAAGGAAGACAUGAAAUACAGAGUUCUUGGAGAUAAACAGGUGGUUGAUUUGAUGGACUCAAAGUCACUACACAUUUUCCAAGGACUGUGUGGCAAUCACCAGAAUUACCGAUUCCAAUCAUAUGCAGUGUUUGUCAGAGAUGAAUUAAUCAACAGGAUGAAAAUAGGAGGCAGGUAUAGAGUUGUAGGAAUUCCAGUCUGUGGGCCUAAUGGUUCUCAAGUCACGGUCUGCAUAGAAGCCAAUAAUAUCCAUCCAUACAUUGCAGAAACUCCACAUGCCAUAAGUCAAGCAUUUCAGGAUCUUCACUCAAAUACUCUAAGUUCCCCAUGGAUUUUCACAGGCAUCCUUGCAAAUAUAUUUGCUUCAGAAAUUGUCCCAAUGGGAACUUACAAUAUGCUAAAGUUCUGCAUACUGCUCAGCCUUGUUCAGACAUGCAAUGAGGAUAAAGAAAUUGGAAAUGCCCUCGAUCUCCUGGUGGUAACGAGUGACACUCUGAUUGUGGAGCGACUACUGAGAUACAGUAUUUGUCUCGUACCACGUGGAGUUAAUCAUGCUCAAUGCAAUGAUGUAUUUGCUACAGUAACUAAAGAUGAACUAGGAACAGGAACUGCCGUUAUACAUGCUGGCAGUGCUUUAAUGGCCAAAGGAGGCGUCUGUUUAAUUGGAGACAUAAAUUUGCAUAAAAAAGAUAAACUUGAUCACUUAUUAUCAGUUCUAGAGAGCAGAAACACCACCGUAUUCAUACCUGGGAAGAAAUAUGGGGAUGGCGUUGAUCAGCAGAUAUUCAUUCCUGUCCACUGCAAUUUUUGGUCAUAUGCAGAUUUAUCUUUUAAGAAGUCUAAUCCAAGGGAAAAUAUUUUCAUUGGUCAGAUGGAUCUUGGUGUUUUACCAGCCAAUCUCAUGGAUGCAUUUGGAAUGUUAGUGUACUGCAGUGAGUCAUCUCACAGUCAUCACGCUGUUUCUCUGGCACAUCACAACCUGAACAGAGCAGUGAGUCCUACAGCGUCUCUCUGUCCUGCAUCCCAGCAUUUUAAGACACAGGACUAUGAAGAGCUUAUUGCUUAUGCAAAGAAUUUAUACGUGACAUUUAGCUCCAAAGUAGAAACAUUAUUACAUGGCUAUUACCUGGCAAGCAGGAGAGUGAGAACAGAUAUGACUGGAUCUAAAAUGUCUACAUCGGCACUAAGACAUUUGUAUUCAAUAUCAGAAGCACAUGCAAAAUUAAGUCUGCGAAAAGAAGUGAUAGAGGAAGAUGCUUUGAUUGCCAUUUUAUUAUUUGAAGCCUCUCUUACUUUGAAACAUGGCAGCUCCGUGUUCUGUGUACCUCAGAAUCCCCUCUUCCCUGCUGAUGUCCUUGAUGAGAGAAGCUUACAUCAGAGAGAUAAGUACCUGAGGGAAUGUCACCAGCAGCUGCUGCAGUUUAUUAUCACCUAUGGACCCGCAACAGCAGUUUCUAUUGAUGAAGAAUAAUAUAGGUCAAAGAAACUGUCUAUUAAUUGUGUUCAAAGAAUAUUAACAAGUACUUAAACCUGUUAUAUGUUUUACUUCAUAAAUAGCUGUUACACUUAUUACUGAAGGCACCGAAGAUUAAAAUAGGAAUAAAGAUAGUUCCUUUAAAACAA